GCGAUAGACCAUGACUCUAUCACAGACUCUUAGCAGCAUGGGCUCGGAUGGGACGGUGCCUCUGACGCCUCGCGAGGCUGCGUCGGGCCUGCUUGGUUCAGUGUCUAUGACUUGCUGGAUUUUCCUCUUGGUUCCCCAGCUUAUCGAAAACUACCGCAUCGGCAACGCCGAGGCAAUCUCUCUCCUCUUCAUCUUCGUCUGGUUCGUCGGUGACAUAGCGAACCUGGCGGGCGGCCUACUAGCAGAGCUAGUCCCCGUCAUCCUCGCCAUCGCAGUCUAUUUCUGUAUCGCAGACGGCGUCCUGAUCUUCCAAUGCCUGUACUACAAGGCGCGUAACCGGCGCUCGGAGUAUCACCGUCGGCGGCGCUCGUCUACCGAAACAGCAGAUCCGACUACCCCGCUACUUGGUCGGCGAUUCAGCGACUCUGUUCCACAGCAGUCCCGGCGGAGGUCCUCCGGCUCGUUGCGCGGCUAUCAGGGUGCGGGUCGGCGCGAUAGCCAGCCUGAGGAUUCGCUUGCGAAGAUUGUGGAGGAGAACGAGUACGGGCGCAAGGCGUGGGUCAAGAACUUUAUUAGUGUGCUUGGCAUCUUCGUUAUCGGUAUGGCUGGGUGGGCUAUGGCCUGGCAGACUGGAAUGUGGGCGCCGGCGCCGCAGGAAACUCACAAUAAUGUUGGUGUGGCUACCGGUGGGCAGAUUCUGGGUUAUUUCAGUGCAGUCUGCUAUCUUGGAGCGAGACUGCCUCAGAUCUAUAAGAACUAUUCCGACAAGUCCUGCGAAGGAUUGUCACUCCUCUUCUUCAUCCUGUCUCUUCUGGGCAACCUUACGUACGGUGCAGGCAUCCUGUUCCACUCCACAGAGCGGGAGUACGUCGUGACCAACCUUCCCUGGCUGAUCGGGUCCUUGGGGACCAUGGUUGAGGAUGUUGUCAUCUUCAUCCAAUUCCGCAUCUACGCCGUGGAAGAGGCUCCUCUCUUGGCAGUGUCAUGA